AACAGAGGGACGUUUGAAAUCAAACAAGCAGUGUUUGGGGGAAGUGGUUGGCAGUAGUCUCAAUUAAAGUUGAUUUCUCACGACUUUAUAGUUUGAUACCUAUUUUUCUGCGCUUACCACCUCACUACAUUUUUUAAGUGGAGUUAGCGUUGAAAAUCCAUCUCGCGGAAUAUUUAUGUAGAGACAAACAUCAGCUCUCAACUGGCCGACGAAGCUGCUAGCUAGCGAGAGUAACGUUAACGCUAACGUUGAGAGCUAACGUUACUCGAGGUUGAAUUCUGCAUAAAUUAUCGGUCAGUUGCGCAUGGUCAUUGUGCAAUAACAUAUUUAGAAUAUGGACUCUUCUGCCAGACUCAAGCUGACAAAGGACAUGAAACUUCAAAGGCCAGAAGUGAAGACAAAUGGUUAUGGUCCAAAGCGUAUUCCAGUGUCGCAACAGUCGCAGGCGGCUGUAUCUGCACAAACUCCACGGGUUCUAGGUGUGUCAAAUGGACCUCAGCGCAUUCAGCGUCCUAUGAGCGACCAGAAGUCAGCAUCUCAUGUAUCUGUUGCUGUCAAGUCCUUACACCCCACUGAUCAGAAUGUGAACCCUACUACUCGGACUGGGAAUCGUGCACUGCUGCCCAAACGUCCUUCUCAGCAAAUCCAAACAAAGACAAUUGUUCCCAAGGUGAACCCCGAGCCGGCCAAACCAAUAUCGGAACCGGCAAAGCUGGACAAGGCACAGAACAAACCUGCCAAGAAUGAUUCUGCAAACUCAUCUGGCUCAAACAACCGGUGGAGCCUGGAGAAUUUUGAUAUUGGCCGCCCCUUAGGAAAGGGUAAAUUUGGCAAUGUCUACCUGGCAAGAGAGCAACAAAGUAAAUUCAUCUUGGCCCUGAAGGUGCUCUUCAAGAAGCAGCUGGAGAAGGCUGGGGUGGAGCACCAGCUGAGGAGGGAGGUGGAGAUCCAGUCUCACCUCAGGCACCCAAAUAUCCUGCGCCUCUACGGUUACUUCCAUGACUCAUCUCGUGUGUAUCUCAUCCUGGAGUUUGCACCCAAGGGUGAACUGUACAGUGAGCUGCAGCGCUGUGGCUGCUUUCCUGAGGCCAGAAGUGCCACAUACAUCAUGGAGCUGGCAGAUGCCCUCAACUAUUGCCACUCCAAGAAGGUGAUCCACAGGGACAUCAAACCAGAGAACCUGUUACUGGGGGCCAACGGGGAGCUGAAGAUUGCAGAUUUUGGCUGGUCUGUUCACACGCCCUCCUCCAGGAGAUCCACGCUGUGUGGAACGCUGGACUACUUGCCUCCGGAGAUGAUUGAGGGGAAAACUCAUGACGAAAAGGUGGACCUGUGGAGUCUGGGCGUCCUUUGCUACGAGUUCCUGGUUGGAAAACCCCCAUUUGAAACCAAAAGUCACGAGGAGACCUACCGCAAGAUAUCAAGGGUGGAGUACACUUACCCCGCACAGUCCAAUAUCAGUGAUGGAGCCAAAGACUUGGUUGCCAGGCUGCUGAAGCACAACCCCAUGCACAGACUGCCCAUCCAGGGAGUCCUGACUCACCCCUGGGUGGUUGAGAGCGCCACCAAGAAACCCACAACCCUGAACAACGAAGAGCCCAGCCAGUGAGCCUCUUUGUAUCCCUCCACCCAAUACCUGAGGUUUGUGUGUGUGUGUGAGGGCGGAGCUAUACACAGGCUGUGCAAAGGUGUGAAACAUGAACGUCAGUGUGCAGCUGAUUUAUCAGAAUCUGCUUGUACAACUUCAUUGACUACAAAAUCACUUCAUGUCGAUGUUUUCGUGUGUAGACAUCUUGAACCACUUCUUUUAUCUUCUUAUCCUUUCCUUGUCUCGCCAAUGGCAUUCUUUAGCCUGUAAAUAUUUCACUUUAUGUAAUUAUGUAAAAUGUGUUGAGCUUGUCUAAAAUGCCAUUACUUGAAAUAAAAAUAAGUUAUCUUUUGUGGAACAUGUCACCUUGGAAUAAUGUCUGGUCAGAGAAAAUUAUUUUAUUUUUGUCUUCUGUGCAUUUCAAGCUAACUGUCUUAAAUACUGAGUCAACCCACCUUUUCUUAUUAAGCUUGUCCAACGGCACGUGGCCAGCAGAGGGCGCCAUCUGAUCACUAAGAGUUGGUUUGGGAGCUUGUUACAGAUUUGAGGUAUUAAUUCCACUGUCACUGUUAAAAAUUGCUUCCACACAGUUCUUUGUAUUUCAACAUUUUAUUGUAGCUGAAAUUAAGUUAAUAUUUUGGCUUGUGUUUUUUGCAAUUUAAGAAAUAAAAAUACUUUUAUCCAGAA